AUGGUUCGCAAGAGUUCUCAUGGAGGCGUAGCUUAUCCAGUUCACGUUCAGAAAUGUGUUCGGCCUCUAAGUGAUGUGAACGGUAAACAAACUCCAUUUUGUGAAAACAAUAGUUGCAGAGUUUAUAUGGAGGUUGCGUGGAGAAGUGGAAUGAAUGCAGUCGAGUGUCAGCACAUUAGGGAAGUAGGUGUGAAUACAACAUAUAAGGAUGAGGUUCAUCUUCGGGAAAGUGACCUUAACGACCUUUCGCAGGAAGGAACAUUCAAAAUUUUAAAACAAGAACGAAUUAACCAAUGCAUUUCACUAUCCGAAGCGGCAUCGUCAAAUAAUGCAGUGUUAAUUGUAAGUUUUGAAGAUGGUGAAAGAUAUAUCCACUUUUCUGUAUACGAUGGUGCCGUUCACUACUAUUCUAAAUUGGGAAGGGUUAUCGUAACCUGCGAUCUAAAGAAUGGAUAUCUGGAUUGUGGAUGUUGUCGUCGUAAACGUGGUUGCACACAUAAGGCUAUCUGUUUGUGGUAUUUGCGCGGUAUCGACAAAUUGGAGCAGUUCCGUGGUGUUGUUGAAGACGAUGAUGAUGAGUUAGGAGUUACAAAGCAAGAACAACCGUCGGAUGUAGACCAAAUUUGUGCGCAAAGUGAACUUUUUUAUCCUCCCGCUGACGAAGAUACUGUUGCAAACAUGUGCAAAUUCCUAAAAGAUCAUAAGAAAAUCCCCAUUGCAUGUCGGCUAAUCUUGAUAAGUCAAAAGCCAUUCCUCGGAGAUACACACCCGUGGAAAAGGAAUGUCCGUUUUGUAAUAUUCGUCUAA